AUGGAUGAAAAAUUGAAAGAACCCGAAGACAACGGUGACGAAGAAGAAGAAGAAGAAGAGAAAGAAAAAGACGGAAAAGAAAAAGAACAAAGAACAGAACAAUCAAUAAAAUCUAAUUCAGAAUGUUCCAAUUCAAUUUAUAAAACUCAACAUAAUAUACUUGAUGAUUAUGAUUUAAGAGGAUUUAAACGUUAUUCAUAUUUAUUACAUUAUCAUCAACCAAGUACAGAAACUGAUAGUUUUGAAAUGUUUCAAUCAGUUGGUUCUACAAAAUUUUUAGAAAAUUUAGAUGAUUUUAAACAUUCCACAAGUGGAAGUUGGAAAUCGGUUAUUUCAAGUUUUGAAGAUAUUGGCACCAAUCAUAAUAACUUUAAGAUUAGUAAUAAUAAUAAUAAUCAUUAUCAUCAAAUCAUUGAAGUAUUUCCACAUUCAUUGAAACCCAUUGAGGCAGAAACAAACUCUUCUUCUUCUACCACUACUACUACUACUAUGACGACGACUACUACUAGUAAUACAUUGAAUGUUCCAUCUAAUCAACUAAUUCAAAUUGAUGAUUUACAAAUAUCCAAAGAACAAUUUGAUUGUUCAUUAAAAUCAAUAAACAAUACAUUAAUCGAUAAUAGUUCUAGUAUCAAUGAUCCUAAUGAACAACAUUAUCAUUUACAAUUAGAUAAUAAUAAUGAUAAUAAUAGUAAUGUAAUAAUCCAUAAAACUGAUUUAUUAGAUCAUGAAAUACGUAGAUUUGAAGUAAGAAAACAAUCAAGAUCAUCAAUUUUAUCAAAUAAUCAAUUUAGACGACCAAAAUUUCCUAAACAGAAAUAUACUGACCCGAAUACCACUACGACUACUACUACUACUACUACUAGUAAUAAUAAUAAUAGUAGUAGUAGUAAUCAUAAUGAUACAACAGAGAUGAUGCAUAAAUCUUUAUACAAGUUAAAACGAACUGCUACAGAGCAUAUUACUAAUCGAUAUAAAUAUCAUGAUCGUAUUGAAUCCUCUUUAAUGCAUCAUCAUCAUCAUCAUCCAAAUGAGAAUAGUAUUAUUCCAGAUAAUGCUAUAAUUAUACGUCGUAAAUCAACUAUUCAUUGUUUAUAUCCAAGACAUUAUAGUGAUUCAAUGAAACAAGAUGAACAAUUCAAUACUCAUAUUAUAGACUAUGGAGAUAAGAAUGAUAAAAAUUCUAUAAUUGGUAAUAGUAAUGGUAAUGGUAAUAGUAAUAAUAAUCUAUAUGAAUAUGAUAAUCAUUUAAAGGAAUAUAGAUUAAGUGAUAAUUUAAAAUCAUCAUUUGAAAAAGAAGAUGAAAUGAAAUCCGAUAAUUUAUUAGAACGUGAAGCUCAUAUUGGUGCAUUAGCAUUAGCAUGGGCAUCAGGUACGCAUAAACCAAAAAAAUCUCCAUAUGAUAAACGUACAUUAAGUAGAGAAACAUCAGAUAGAAUACAAGUGAAAUUACGACAAUCUAAUCAUACUAAUAAUAAUUAUACUAAAUCGUCUAUAAUGAAUCCUGAAAUUUUUAAGUUCAAUGAUUAUACUACUAAUAGUAGUAAAAAGAAUAGAAUGACAUUAUCUACAUUACGUGAGCUUAGUACAUCAAUUUUUAAUCCAUCAAAAAGGAAUUUGAUAACCAGUUCUACCCAUCAUCAAAACGUUACUCAUCGACAGAAAGCCCAUUAUUCAAUUCAUGAAACUGAUAGUCUUGUUCACAGUAAUAGUACUUAUCGACCUAAUCAUGAUGGAAGUAAUAUUCCUACCAUCACUAAUACUACUACUACCACUACUACUACUACUAAUACUACUCAAAAUAAUAAUAGUAGUAGUAGUAAUAGUAACAAAACUGAUCAUCAUUUAAUACCUCAUCGUAUUAAACAAGCAAUUAUUAGAAAUACAGCAAAAAUUGCUAUCUCACCAAUAUUGAAUACAAAUGAAAAGAAUGAUAAUCAUUCAUAUAAUUCAAUAGAUCCAAUCUGUGAAUUAGAUCAAUUAGAACAAUUCAAUAGAAAAGAUGAUCAUUUACAUGAAACACAUUCUAUUGAACAAUCAACACAGUAUCGUCAACAACAACAACAACAACAACAGCACAGUGAAGAAUUACGUAAACUAAUCGAUAAUGAAUCACAACGAAUGAUCCAUAGUCAAAAAUCUUCAUUACAAUCUGAACAAUUAAAUGAUAGCAAUGAUAAAUUUGAAACGAAUAAUAAUAAUAAUACUGAUGAUGAUGAAACAAAUAGACCAAUUGGUAUACGUGCUAAAAUACGUCGUAAUGCAGAAGAUUUACGUUCAUUAUAUGGUACUAGUGGUCCACUUGGUUCAGUUCAACCAACAAUGAAUUAUAAAACAUCAAAUCGUGGAAUUGGUUGGCGGUUACAUUGGCGUAAAAUAUUUAAUGAAAGACGUAGAAAAUUAGCUGAUUAUUCAUUAUUUUUUGCUGUUAUGGGUAUUCUAUUAAUGGUAUUUGAAUUAGAAAUGAUUAUGGCUAAAGUAUAUUUAAGGACAUCAAUCUAUUCCAUAUUGGUUAAAUCAUUGAUCAGUGCAUCAACACUUAUUCUAGUUGGUCUUACACUAGUCUAUCAUGCUGUUGAUGUACAAUUAUUUUGUAUUAAUAAUUGUAUUGAAGAUUGGCGUAUAGCAAUGAAUUGUAGAAAAAUUUCAUUAACAUUAAUUGAAGUAUUUAUAUGUCUUGUACAUCCUCCACCAAUUCUCUCUAAUUACAAUAUAUAUUCAUAUAGAAAUUCAUAUUAUACUGCAUCAACAUUAAAAAGUUUUAAACAAUUUGAUGAUGUUUUGAAUGAUCAAGAACGCUUAUCCUCCUCAUCCUCAUCAUCAUCAUCAUUAUCAUCAUCAAGUAUUCCAAUGAAUUCAUAUUAUAGUAGACCAAUAACUACAUCAAUCUAUGAUUCCAUAUUAGAUAAUCAUACACAAAGAUUAAAUGAUUACAUACCAUUUCCAAGUGUACCAUUUAUAAAUGAUCAUCAUGAUGAUAUACAUUAUGAUGAUAAACCUGUACCUAUGAUUAUUUUAGAAUUGACUUUUUCAAUUCCAAUGUUUUUAAGAUUAUAUUUAAUAUUUCGUGUAUUAUUAUUACAUUCAACAAUGUUUACUGAUGCUGGUUCACGUAGUAUCGGUGCAUUAAAUCGUGUGAAAAUUAAUGUUAGAUUUGUAUUAAAAACAUUAGCUACAGUAUGUCCCGGUACUAUGUUAUUAAUAUUUAUAUUAUCUAUGUGGAUUGUAACAAGUUGGAUUAUGCGUGUAUGUGAAAGAGAACAAAAUAAAGAAUAUGAGAAACUUUUGAAUUCAAUGUGGUUAAUUGCUGUUACAUUUUUAAGUAUUGGCUAUGGUGAUAUGGUGCCAAAUACAAAUUGUGGCAGAGCAAUAUCAGUAUUAGCUGGUGUUAUGGGAUCUGCAUGUACAGCAUUGGUUGUUGCAGUGGUUGCACGUAAGCUAGAAUUAACCAGAGCUGAGAAACAUGUACACAAUUUUAUGCAAGAUAAUAAAUUCUACAAAAAUCUUCGACAUUCAGCUGCUAAUGUUUUACGUGAAACUUGGCUAUUUUACAAAUAUACAAGACUUGUGAAACGCGUUAAACCAGGUCGAGUAAGAAGGCAUCAAAGAAAAUUUUUAACAGCAAUAAGUAGAUUAAGAAAAGCAAAAGAUAAUCAACGUAAACUGAAAGAAGAUGCUAAUUCUAUGGUGGAUUUAGCUAAAUUACAAACUAGCAUAUAUGAAACUGUAAAUCAUAUUCGAGCUGAUCAAACAAUUUUUGUUCAACGUUUGGUUGGCGUUGAAAAGUGCAUGACAUCAAUUCAGUCUUAUGUAAAUCAAAUGUCUGAUACAUUCACAGGAAUAAUUGAAACCCUUGAAACAUGUAAUACUACAACUGUACCAUUAGAUGAUGAAACAAUAUCAUCUUAA